GACCCGGUUAAAAGCUAUAAUCCUGUUUGGAAAGGUUGUCCGUGGGUCCGUCAGUGUCUCGGGCUCGGCGCCCGCGGAGCGUGUUUGCGGCGGUGCCCUGCCGGGGUCGCGCCGCUUUUGGUCCUCCGCAGCCGCCGUCCACAGCGCCCGGCUCCGCGCGAGAGCCUGCCAGAGGACCGGCUCCGGCCGCCGCGCCUGACCCUUGCCCGGGGUCUUCCGCACAGCUUGGUUCGCCCCGCCGGUCUGGGGUCCCUGGUAGCAGAGAUUGCGCUGGGGAUCCGGAGCACUGCUCCUUUCUCGGCAGAGCGCCGAGGGGAGCCCGCUUGCUGCGGAGCCCCCGGCCCGCGCCUGCCCUGCCCGCGGGUCCGGGCCCCGAGGGCCUCCACUACGCCUACCCUUGAAUUGGAUCCGGCUCUACUGUCCCUGCCGCACGGGAACCCCCAGCCGGAUGAGGGUCUCCCUGUUCAGCGCUGCCUUGCGCCUUCCCAUCCGCCUUGGUCCUGACCUGCCCCAGCCGAGGCCGCCCGGUGUCGCUGCGUUUGGGCUGGGCGGGAAGGCCUGUCAUUGCUGACCCUGGCGCGCCGCGCUUCGGCGACAGCGGGAAAGAAGCUGUGCUGACCGUCCUCCCUAGGGACUGGACUGCCAAGGGUAGCUGGUGCCCUCCUGCACGGCAGUGGGCUGAGGGCCAUGUCAGUUUUCUGCCACCUACAGGAUAGACCAUGAAGCUGAAGGAACUUGAGCAGCCAGCUGUCCAGGCAUGGAGCCCAGCCAGCCAAUACCCUUUGUAUCUGGCCACAGGAACAUCUGCCCAACAGCUAGAUUCCUCCUUCAGCACAAAUGGCACCUUGGAAAUAUUUGAGGUUGAUUUCAGGGACCCUUCUCUGGACUUGAAACACAAAGGAGUCCUUUCUGCCUCCAGCAGGUUUCACAAGCUGAUCUGGGGGAGCUUUGGCAGUGGGCUUCUGGAAAGCUCCGGGGUUAUUGCAGGCGGCGGGGACAAUGGCAUGCUUAUUCUAUACAAUGUGACCCACAUCCUGUCUUCGGGGAAGGAGCCUGUGAUUGCCCAGAAACAGAAGCACACGGGGGCUGUCAGAGCCCUCGACUUUAAUCCUUUCCAGGGCAACCUCCUGGCUUCAGGGGCCAGCAAUUCUGAAAUCUUCAUUUGGGAUCUGAAUAACUUGAAUGUGCCAAUGACCCUGGGAUCCAAGUCACAGCAGCCCCCAGAGGACAUCAAGGCACUGUCUUGGAACCAGCAAGCCCAACACAUUCUGUCUUCUGCUCACCCCAGUGGCAAGGCAGUUGUGUGGGAUCUCAGGAAGAAUGAACCUAUCAUCAAAGUCAGUGAUCACAGCAACAGGAUGCACUGCUCAGGCCUGGCCUGGCAUCCUGACAUAGCCACCCAGUUAGUGCUGUGCUCAGAGGAUGAUCGUCUUCCCUUGAUUCAGCUGUGGGACUUGCGCUUUGCCUCCUCGCCCCUGAAGGUGCUGGAGAGCCACAGCAGGGGGAUCUUGUCAGUGUCAUGGAGCCAGGCUGAUGCUGAGCUGCUGCUCACUAGUGCUAAGGACAGCCAGAUCUUGUGCUGGAACCCGGGGAGCAGUGAGGUGGUAUAUAAGCUACCAACACAGAGCAGCUGGUGCUUUGAUGUGCAGUGGUGCCCUCGGGACCCUUCAGUGUUCUCUGCUGCCUCCUUCGACGGCUGGAUCAGUUUGUACUCUGUGAUGGGUAGAAGCUGGGAAGUCCAGCAGAGACAGGCUGACAAUAUCUCCUCUUCCUUCAGCAAAGGCCAGCCUCUCCCCCCACUGCAGGUGCCAGAACAAGUGGCACAAGCAUCACUGAUACCUCCCCUGAAAAAACCCCCCAACUGGAUUAGAAGACCAACAGGUGUUUCAUUUGCUUUUGGAGGGAAGCUGGUUACUUUUGGCCUCCCCAGCACCCCUGCCCAUCUGGUGCCUUGCCCUCGCCUAGUCUUCAUCAGUCAAGUCACCACAGAAUCUGAAUUCCUGAUGCGAUCAACUGAGCUGCAGGAGGCCUUGGGAUCAGGAAAUCUACUGAAUUACUGUCAGAACAAGAGCCAGCAAGCUUUACUGCAAAGUGAGAAGAUGCUGUGGCAGUUCCUGAAGGUGACCUUACAGCAAGACUCCAGAAUGAAAUUCCUAACGCUUUUAGGAUACAGUAAAGAUGAGCUUCAGAAGAAGGUGGCCACAUGGUUGAAGAGUGACGUGGGGCUAGGUGAGAGUCCUCAGCCCAAGGGAAAUGACCUCAAUAGUGACAGACAACAGGCCUUCUGCAGCCAGGCCUCCAAACACACCACAGAGGAAGCCUCUGCUUCCUCAGCCUUCUUUGAUGAGCUGGUCCCUCAGAACAUGACUCCUGGGGAGAUCCCCAUCACAAAAGAUGUUGAUGGACUCCUAAGCCAGGUUCUCCUGCUUGGGGAACUGGGUCCGGCCGUGGAGCUGUGUUUGAAGGAGGAGCGCUUUGCUGAUGCCAUUAUCCUGGCCCAGGCUGGGGGUGCAGAUCUGCUGAAGCAAACACUGGAGCGCUACUUGGCCAAGAAGAAAACCAAAAUCUCCUCGCUUCUAGCCUGUGUUGUGCAAAAGAAUUGGAAGGAUGUGGUGUGUACCUGUAGCCUGAAGAACUGGAGAGAGGCACUGGCUUUGCUGCUGACAUACGCAGGCACAGAGAAAUUCCCUGAGCUCUGUGACAUGCUGGGAACUCGCAUGGAACAGGAGGGCGGCAGGGCACUAACCUCUGAAGCCAGACUCUGUUACGUGUGCUCAGGGAGUGUGGAGCAGCUGGUGGAGUGCUGGGCAAAAUGCCACCAGGCUUUGUCCCCCAUGGCUCUGCAGGACCUGAUGGAGAAGGUGAUGGUUCUUAACAGGAGCUUGGAGCAACUGCGGGGUCCUCAUGGGGUGAACCCAGGCCCUGCCACAACCUACAGGGUCACUCAGUAUGCCAACCUCCUGGCAGCCCAGGGCAGCCUGGCCACUGCCAUGAGCUUUCUACCCAGUGACUGUGCUCAGCCACCAGUUCAGCAGCUAAGAGAUCGGCUUUUUCAUGCUCAAGGUUCUGCUGUCUUGGGCCAACAGUCUCCCCCUUUCCCCUUCCCCCGGAUUGUUGUGGGAGCUACCCUCCACUCUAAAGAGACAUCAUCUUACAGAUUGGGAUCCCAGCCUUCUCACCAGGUUCCAACUCCAUCUCCAAGGCCAAGGGUUUUCACCCCUCAGUCAUCACCAGCGAUGCCCUUGGCACCUUCCCAUCCUAGCCCUUAUCAGGGCCCCAGGACGCAGAAUAUAAGUGACUACAGGGCACCUGGGCCCCAGGCCAUCCAGCCUUUGCCUUUGAGCCCUGGGGUAAGGCCUGCUUCAUCUCAGCCACAGCUAUUAGGAGGGCAAAGGGUGCAAGCUCCUAACCCGGUGGGAUUCCCUGGGACAUGGCCUCUUCCUGGUUCCCCUCUCCCCAUGGCAUGCCCAGACAUCAUGCGACCUGGCUCUACCUCCCUGCCUAAGACUCCUAGACUGUUCCCUCUGCUUCCUCUGAGACCACUAGGUCCCAGCCGCAUGGUCUCCCACACCCCAGCCGCUCCUGCAAGCUUCCCUGUGCCAUACCCUCCAGGGGACCCAGGUGCCCCAUGCUCUAGUGUCCUCCCAACCACUGGCAUCUUGACUCCUCACCCAGGACCUCAAGAUUCCUGGAAAGAAGCCCCAGCCCCCAGGGGAAACCUCCAGAGGAACAAGCUGCCAGAGACAUUUAUGCCCCCAGCACCAAUUACUGCUCCAGUUAUGAGCCUCACCCCUGAGCUACGAGGGAUUCUUCCCUCACAGCCCCCUGUCUCCAGUGUGAGUCAUGCUCCCCCAGGAGUUCCAGGAGAACUCAGCCUGCAGCUUCAGCACCUGCCACCUGAGAAGAUGGAAAGGAAGGAGCUGCCCCCAGAGCAUCAGUCCUUGAAGAACAGCUUUGAGGCACUUCUCCAACGCUGCUCCCUGUCUGCAACUGACUUAAAGACAAAAAGGAAGCUGGAAGAGGCAGCCCAGCGUCUGGAAUGUCUAUGUCUAUAUGAGAAGCUCUGUGAGGGGACACUCUCACCUCAUGUCGUGGCUGGGCUCCAUGAGGUUGCCCCAUGUGUGGAUGCAGGAAGCUUUGAGCAGGGUCUCGCAGUGCAUGCCCAGGUGGCGGGCUGUAGCAGCUUCAGCGAGAUGUCCAGCUUCCUGCCUAUCCUGAAGGCUGUCCUCAUCAUCGCUCAUAAGCUGCUGGUCUAAACCAGGCAGCCUGUCUUGCUAGGAGGCCACUUCUGCUGUUACAUAACUCCUCCCUGCAGAAGAGGGGACUUUUGCAACAGAUUCUGUUUGUUUUUCCUGACUCUUUUCCUUGCUGCCAGGUAUGUGAUGCUGUAGGCUUGGCUCCAAACCAGCUGAGUGCCCGCUUUUUACUCCUUUAUGUCUGGCCUUCUAGGAUCUGUUCAAGACACUCUCAGGCCUGGAGGCAGGGCAUAGAAUCAGUUCUUCACUCUCCCUAAUACUACACUCUGUAAGGACCUGGGGCAGGAUAUCUUCUCCCCCAGGGAUCUUCUAUUUAAGUGGCUUCUGAGAGGGUGAACAGGAUUGUUACUUUUAAGCCUACCCCUGCUGUGACCCAUCAUGUGGGUCUUUUGUUUCUCCCUUCUGUGGUUUAUGAGCCUGCCCUUACCUUUUCCCUGCCUCUGACUUCGUAUUUCCAGGUCCAUAUUUCUCUGUAGCCCAGGGUCUGGGGUAGAGCUGACUGCUGUUCACCCUUUGAACAAGUCAUGGACGUGAGGGAUGGGUGCUGAGCAGAACCAAGAGAGGAAACUUUGGCGCUGUUAAAAUGGAAUUUCUCAUCUGCUGGCAUUAUUAAGGGUGGGCUAGGUUGGAUGGAAGGUGAAAGGGAUGAACUGCCUUUUGCUGGAAGCUGUCUUAGGCUGUGAGAUAGGAGCAGGGGAACCACAGCCUAUGGGGAACUGCCCUUGACUCCACCUAUGUUGGAGCCUUAGCACAAGGCCAUUCCUUCUGUGAUGAUAAAGCCCAGUUCUGGAAUUGGAGCCAUAUUAAGGAACGAUUCUCUUCCAGCGCUGCUCUUCAAGGGUUGGGGGUCCUUCUCCCUCGCAGCCACCACAUGUCUCAGGGCUACCUUCUCCGAUUGGAUUUGCAUUUGUGGCACUGUAUUUGAUGCAGUGAUGUACUUAAUGGUGCAAUAAAGCUGCUUCGAUUUGGUU